AUUGGAGAGCAAUGGCUUCAUCGGCAAGUGUGUUUCGACUGCUCCGUCCUUCGAUUCCAUCUUUGCGAUCAGUUAGGCCUGAUUACAACAAAGUAUCGGCAUGUUCCACACAAAUAUACUCCAAGAACACGUUCACAAACAGUGCCACCAGUGGUAAUUAUGAUAUAGUUAUUGUUGGUGGGGGUAUUGUUGGUAUGGCAACAGCUAGAGAAUUAAUAACCAGACAUCCUAAUUUAACCUUUGCUGUGGUGGAGAAAGAGGAUACACUGGCUUUCCACCAGAGUGGACGAAACAGUGGAGUAAUACAUGCGGGCAUGUAUUAUACACCCGGAUCGUUAAAAGCUAAAUUAUGUGUCGAGGGAUUAAAUUUGGCGUAUGAAUACUGUGAUAAACAUAAUGUACCAUAUAAUAAAUGCGGAAAGCUAAUAGUGGCUGUAACUCCUGAUGAAAUUCCUAGAUUAGAUAAAUUAUAUGAAAGAGGUUUAGAAAAUGGUGUUAAAGAUUUAAAAAUGGUUGGACCUGAUGAAAUAAAAAAUAUUGAACCCAAUUGUGUGGGAUUAAAAGCCAUACACUCCCCUCAUACUGGUAUAGUUGAUUGGGGUGUUGUUACGAAACAUUACGGUGAAUCGUUUAAAAACCACGGAGGUCAAAUCUACACUAAUUUCGAGGCAUCAAAGUUCGGCACUGUAAAAGAAAGUGGUGAUAAUACUAGUCUAGAUUAUCCAGUUACUAUAACAGGAGGACAGCAGAGUCAGCAAGUCAACUGUAAAUAUGUUGUAACAUGUGCAGGAUUACAAGCAGACCGAAUAGCAGAGAAAUCAGGUUGUAAUCCGGAGCCUAAAGUAGUUCCGUUCCGUGGAGAAUAUUUAAUGUUGAAACCUGAGAAGAGUAAUCUUGUUCGUGGCAAUAUCUAUCCAGUCCCAGAUCCAAGAUUUCCAUUUCUCGGUAUUCAUUUUACACCACGUAUGGAUGGAAGUGUGUGGUUAGGUCCUAAUGCUGUUUUAGCGUUUAAAAGAGAAGGAUAUUCCUACACUGAUUUUAGUAUAAAAGAUUUAUAUGAUGCCUUGGCUUUUAGGGGUUUAAGAAAAUUAGCCUUUCGUCAUUUAUUUUAUGGUAUGGGUGAAAUGUAUAAUGGUAUAUUUUAUGGUGCUCAAGUUAAAAAACUACAGAAAUACGUUCCUAGUUUAAACAGAGCGGAUGUUAUAAAGGGUCCAACAGGAGUACGAGCCCAGGCGUUAGAUAGAGAGGGUAACUUGGUAGAAGAUUUUGUGUUUGAUAGCGGAGAGGGUGAUAUAGGAACUCGUAUUUUACACAUUCGUAACGCUCCAUCUCCCGCGGCAACAUCUUCAUUAUCAAUAGCCAAAAUGGUGGCUGAUAAAGCUCAACAACAGUUUUCUUUAUGAUGAUUGGACGAAAUCAAUAGGAAGACAUUUUGUGGGAUUUAUCGGGAAGGUAUUUCGGCCAGUCUCCGAACCUUAUAUCCAUAUAAACAUCAGAUUAUUUUGUAUACAUAAAUAUCAUGUAACGACUGGAUGACAGGGUAAUAAUUGUAUAUCGUGUCAUCAUCUAUAGGGUAAAUGAUUAAAAAUAGAAGGUAAAAUAAAGCUAAAUGAUGAUGAGAAUAAGAUAGGAUUUAUUUUUAUAAAAUGCAAUUGAUGAAUAUAAACAUAUAAAAUUUCAAGAAUGAAUGACAGUGUAAUUUUUGUAUAUCAUGUCAUAAUUUAUAGAGCAAGUGAUUUAGAAAAGAUUGCAUAAUAAAGUUAAAUGAUGAUAAGAUAGAAUCAGUUUUUAAUAAUAUGCAAUUACUGAAAUGAAAUGAAAUGGGGGUUUAAUGUCCUACUGUUCUGCUCCGACUGGGCUAAUGAAGACGGGCAUACGCCAUACAGUGUGCUAUGAGGGAAAUUUUGUCCGGGCAGUGGCACCAUGGCCUACUCUUUUAAGGGAUCUUUUACGCACAUGCCAAUGAAUACACAGAACCUAUGUUUUUCGUCCCAUCCGAACGACUAGACAGCUGUCUUUGUCAGGCCCUCUGUCCUGCACCACUGACAAGGGAAUGCAAUUAAUGAAUUAUCCAUAAACAUUUGAAGCCCUCCAAAAAUAUUCUUGAUUGAAAUUAUGAUAAAAAUAAGAUUUAAUUUAUUUUAAGGUAUUGACGUUGAAUAAAAAUAACAGGCUAUUUUUUUUAUGUUUAUAUCUCAACUCCAAAUAGGGCAAAUUGUGUUACAGGCAGCAUCGGCUACAGGUGUUUCAUAACAAAUCUUAUUUACAUUACAGGCUACAGGUCAGUGAUGGGAUUUCAAAAUUUUACUUGUCGGACAUUUUACCGAAAAUAAAGGGGCAUAACUCUUAUCGUUAUUUAAGCAGACGAAUUCGUACCACAAUUAAAAGUCACAUGUCAAAAUAUUCAAAUCCCGUACGUAAUAAAAAUAGGUGAACCUCGCUAUUUUUCAUAUUUAAUUCCCGUACAGUAUUAAAUUCAUACCACAAUUAAAAACCACAUGUCAACAAAAUAUUCAAAUCCCGUACGUAAUAAAAAUUGGUGACCUCGCUAUUUUUCACACUUAAUUCCCGUACGGCAUUCAAAUUUAUGUCAGUAAAUGUCCUACAAAAUUAAGCAUUUUCGUGAUAUGUUGAAUGAAAGCUUGCCGAUCCUGCUUCGGCAUCAAAUUCACAACCAUAAUAUUCCUUUAGAAUUACGUGUCUUCGUUUAUACGGCAGCAAAUGAAUGUAGAACUUUCGAAAUAGUUAAAUCACUUGUAAACAGGCACAGCUAACUUCAGCGAAAACCACUCUUUCAUAGUCACGACAGAGUGACAGGCAUUAUAGGCAACACAGCAGAAUGAUUGACGCCUACAAAUACGUUAGAAUUUCUGCUCAUAUAGCUAUUGGUAGCACCUCCCCUUUUUGUUAUUUUGCUGGGUGCGUACUAGUCUCGGUCACCCAGAAACUAGUCUUCAACAUAUUCGUAGAAUAUUUUUCUGGAUAAUAGAGACUAAUAGCCUACGUGACUCAUCACACGGCUUCAUAGUAAGCACUGCCUAAUAAUAUGUUAAGCAAUAUUCGUGCCGCGCUCGAGAUCAAGGGAAAGUGCCACUGUGGAUGAGAAUUUCUAUAUGGAUUCUUAAAAGACAGGUACAUGUAUGUCAUAACAAAUUAGGUAAAACUAAUAUUACACAGGCUACAAGUGUGUCAUAGCAAAUCUUAUUUACAUUAUAGGUAAAACUGAUAUGGACAAGUAUAAAACUGAUCAGGGAAAAUACCACAUUUAAAAUUAUAUCUAUAUUUUACACAAUCGUCUAAAACUGUUCCACUUGUAUUGAUUACCAACGAAUGUAGAUCAUCUGUUUACUAUAGAGAACCUUUCUUAGCCACCUUUUGCAAAGUAAUUUAUAUUUUGAAUGGUAAUUUAUAUUUUGAAUGGUAAUUUAUAUUUUCGGUCUGGCUUUGAUAAAUAUUCAUAAUGUUUGAGGUGGAAAGAAAUAAACAGACAUUUAUUAGGGAAAUCACCUGUGAUAACAGGGUCUUGACCUAUAGAUGCCUUUCAGCUGGUAUAGAAAAAAAAUCAAAAUGGAUCAACCACUUGCAAUAUUUAUAUCAGGUGAUAUGUUAAACUCUUUGUGGUUAUAAACAUUUCAGAUCAUCGAAAUGUAAGAAAAUAUGUUAUGUACUAAGAAAUGUCAUUAUGGAUUGAACAUUGAAGGCAAUAGGGAAUAAAUGACUGGUCUUAAAUCCAAAAGUUCUUCUGCAAUAUAACCUUAUUUGGGGGGCCAUGAUGAGUUCUCUACCUUAUAAGGAAACCUGCCAUAAUAUAUUAAUAGUAGAUAUUGUACUAUAUAUAUGUUGAUUUUUAUAUAUUGUUAUUGAUUUAUUGAUUGUUAUUGAUUUACCUGAUUAAAAUUGAUUAUUA